UCGAGACCCGCCCCCCGCCUCGCCGCCGCCUGCUCCGUGGGCUCAGACCUCCCGGCUCGACUGGCGCGAGGGCAUCGGCACAAUGUCGGUUCCAGGACCUUACCAGGCAGCGGCAGGGCCUUCCGCAGUGCCCACCGCGCCGCCCUCCUAUGAAGAGACAGUGGCCGUGAACAGUUACUACCCCACGCCUCCCGCACCUGCACCGGUGCCAGGGCCCACUACAGGACUUAUUGCAGGCCCGGAUGGGAAGGGCAUGAAUCCCCCUUCGUACUACACCCAGCCAAUUGCACAGCCGUUGCCUGUCCCCAAUGCCAAUGCAAUUGCCGUGCAGACCGUCUACGUCCAGCAGCCCGUCUCCUUUUACGACCGUCCCGUCCAGAUGUGCUGCCCAUCCUGCAGCAAGAUGAUCGUGACGCAGCUGUCCUAUAACGCCGGUGCCCUCACCUGGCUCUCGUGUGGGAGCCUCUGCCUGCUGGGGUGCAUCGCCGGCUGUUGCCUCAUCCCCUUCUGUGUGGAUGCGCUGCAGGAUGUGGACCACUACUGCCCCAACUGCAAGGCCCUCCUGGGCACCUACAAGCGCUUGUAGGCCUUGGCUCGGCAAGCUCGGAGCUGCGUUCUGCAAAACCUCCUGGCUGGUGCUCACCCAGCCCGCUGUCCCCUUGUGGGCUCAUCUCUGGGGAAGU